GAAUCACUCCAAAUUUGGAAACCUAGUAAUCACAGUGACUUCAGCUGCCCCAUCUGUCUCCAGACAGCGACUCUCCCAGUAGAAACCAACUGUGGACAUUUAUUCUGUGGUUCCUGUCUGAUCACAUACUGGAAACACAGUCCCUGCUUAGCAGCAAUAACCUGCCCUCUCUGCAGACAAAAGGUGGUUCUUCUGGAUAACAUCUCGUGUGAAAAGCAACAGGACAAGCCAAGUAAACAAAUUGUACAUGACAUUAGAGAUUACAACAAGCGUUUCUCAGGGCAGCCUCGACCCUUUGCAGAUUACCUUUAUGACAUGCCGUUAUUCCUGACUCUUGCCUUGCGAGGAAUCUUCACUUGGGGUGGUCUCGUAUGGAUUUUUUUCCUCAGAGUCGCUGUUUGUUCCUUUGGAACAAUCAUAUGCUUGUCUUCUCCAUUCGACACGAAGCCUGGCCCUCUCUGUAGGACGCUUGGAACAGCUGAUGACAUGGUGGUUGUUUCCCUUCUUUUAAUUUGCAUGAUAAACAUUUGUCAGCAAAUUGCAUCUAACGGGGUAAAUAUGGCGAGGUCUGCAGCUCAGAGGGUGCUGUCGGAGUCCUGA